UCAUACACACCGUCAUGAUCUGUGUCGCCAACUGGCUGUACCUCGUUCAACACUUUGGCAGCGACACCACGGCGCACGAGAUUCUUUGCGAACGUUUUCUUGGGCUUCUCCUAACCGAUGUGCAGGCCGUCGUCACCUUCCUGGUCCACAUGUUCUUCGCACAUAGGGUAUACUCUCUGAGCAGGCGAAAGUGGUUCAUCGCCGGCCCCAUUGUCGCCCUGGGCACUCUUCGAGUCGUCUCUGCCAUGAGCUGCACUGCUCAAAUGGUCCGAGACAAAACUUGGGCCAAGUUCGCCGAAGACUCAGCGUGGCUUUUCACCACCGGUCUGAGCAUUUCGGCGGUCCUGGACUUCCUUAUUGCACUGGCUCUCAUCUUCCAUCUGCAGAAGAGCAAGACCGGCUGGCAGUCCAUGGACCAGAUCAUUGACAUGAUCGUGUUGUACACGGUCGAGAACGGCCUGAUCACCUCGAUCGUCGCCGUCCUCUCUCUCGUUUGCUGGGUGACGAUGAAGAAUAACCUCAUCUUCCUCGCUCUUCACUUCGCCAUCAGCAAGCUCUACGCGAACUCGUUCCUAGCGACGCUGAACGCGCGCAAGACGCUGGCUCAGCGCACGCAGAAGUCGAGCAACGACCAGAACCAGCUCCCGCUCGUGUUCCCGAACGGCCUCGGACGCACAGGCCGGUUCUCUACGCAACCACCCGUGAACCCUAUUGGCAGCGUCAUGCAAAUCACCGUGGAGAAGACCGUGCACUGCGUCACCGACGUCGGCGACGAGUCGCCCGAACGCUUCUCCGAGGAAGCGCAAAGCCCAACAAAGAACGGCACAGGAAAAUUCUGACGAUAUCUACCUCACGCACCCCCUUCACGGCUCCGACCGCCCAUGCAACGUCCCCGGAUCUCACUCCCUUUGCUCCAGCCCUUGUCUCUCGUUUAUGUAGCUUCGUAGGUCGAACCAUUCGUAUGUACGAAAAAACAACACU